ACAAAUUUCCUCCAUUUUUAAGUUUCUCAGAUUGCUUCCGUGACUUCCAUUCAAUUCUUCAAAAUCCCAUCAACAAUCAAAGAUCUUAUCCUAUCUUACUAAGGUUAUGUUUGUAUCACCCUCUUUAAAUUCAUUCAAAAUCAACAAUUUGUUCUUCAAUUUUUAGCUCCUAGUUUUGGCGGCAAAAGGGAAGAUUAGAAGAAGAAGAUGUUGGGUGAACUCAUCACCAGCUGCCUUGUGUUGAUUCUUGGAUAUGCAUAUCCAGCUUUUGAGUGCUUUAAAACCAUUGAGAAGCAUGGAGUUGAAAAUGGAGAAUUAAGAUUUUGGUGUCAAUAUUGGGUCAUCGUUGCAAUACUCACAGUUUUUGAAAGGGUUGGUGAUAUAUUCAUCUCAUGGGUACCAAUGUAUGGAGAGAUGAAGCUAGCACUCAUUAUCUAUUUAUGGUAUCCUAAGACUAAGGGAACCUGGUAUGUAUAUGAAGCGAUGUUGAGGCCAUUUGUAGAAAGGCAUGAGACAGAUAUAGAAAGGAGCUUAAAGGAAUUGAGAGCCAAAGCAUGGGAUGUGGCCAUAUAUUAUUGGCACAAUUCUACAGAAUUAGGCCAAACCAAGUUCUUUGAAAUUUUUCAUUAUUUGGUCUCAAGGCCUUCAACACCUCUGGUGAUGGAAAAUCAUCAGAACUCAGGGGACGGACGUCCGCCUCCACCUCCGGUGAAUCCAGCCUCUUUUUUCCGAUCAGAGCAGGCUGAUGAGAGGUGGGAACCGACUGCUCCACCGCUACCAAACACCAGCCGACAUCAACCUGUGUAUGCGGAGGAACUGCACCUUCCAGCGUCGCCAAGUAGAUCCGGUUCGAGUUCGGGUCACAGAGAACCCGUUUGGCUAAGAUUUAGACGCUCCAGGGGAGUUUGAUUGGUAGAAUGAAGGGAGGAUGGAUGGAUAUGUACAAAUUGUAAAGAAGUAAAGAAGGAAAUUUGUAUCUUGAUUUUCAUUCAUUCAAUUGAUUUUUUUUCUUUGUUGUUACAAAUUAGAGAAGAAAAUCAAAGCAAACCUAACCUAUGAGGCUAUGAUGAAGGGUGAUGGACGAUUUGAUUACCUGUUUACGUGUUAUAAUUGGGAGCCGACUUGAAGGCAAUCGAAGGCUGCGGUUACGAGACGGAGGACGGCGGUCCAGAGGCGGUGGAAGACGGUGGAUGGAUGGGGUUGAGGG